CCUCCUCCGUACUGGUGCAGCACAGCCGGAGCGCUUGGACCGUUCUCGGUCAAUAAUCGAUGGUUAUUGACUCGGGAUUAUCACCGGACACGUUCCCACCAUGGUGGCCUCGGUUGAAGAGGUUUCGUCUUCACUUGUACGAGAAUACCUGAGUAGAAAGGGGCUGAAGAGGACCAUGGCCUGUUUGGAAGAAGAGCUUCCACGCACUGAAGCCAGCAUCAACAACAGAUAUCAGCUGAGACAGAUGCUCAGCAUAGAGAAUCUCUACAGGAAGAAUAAAGUCCAGAAUUCUCCUUUAAAAACAUUGCUGGAGAUCAUUGUAAAACAUCACAUGGAGCAACUUAAUCAUAACAAGAUCAUGAUCAAUGAAAGUAAUUCUCUGCAAAGUGCAACUAAUGCCAGGAUGAUUUCAAAGACCUCUGCACAAACACCAACAGUGAUCUGUGGUUUAAAAGCAGAGGAAAAUACAUCAGAUUUUGGUCGUGAAAAAAAGACAGACUUAAGGUCUGCUGUACAAGAAACAUGCGCUUCUAAGUCUACAAAUAAGUCACCAUUGCCAGAAAAAUGCUGGCUCUCCAGCCACAAUCAAACAGAUAUCCUGACUCUUGAUUUGAAAGAUCGGUCAUUAGUGACAUUCCUUCAAGACAGUGAGAGCUUCAUCCAAAAAGAACCAGAAAAAAAUGCUUUUAUUAUUGAGACCCCCCAAAGAAGCAGAACUAAUCGCAUUAGACGAGGGAUGAUGGCCGGACCAAUACCCCAGGAGUCAAACAGAAAAAGGCAUAGUCGAAAGGCUGAAGUGCCCCAGUCACGGCUCAGAAAAGAAGAGGAAACCAGGCCAUCUCAGGAUGGACUUCUACCGACUGACUUACUUCAAAAAAGCAGCCUGAAUGUAAUGAGCUCACCUGACUGCGAGGGAGAGAAAGAAGGAGCUCUGAGUCCACUAGUGAACACUGACACCGAAAGCACUUUUGAAAAAGUGCAACAAAAUAUAACAAAGACUAAAAAGGUGAAGAUCAAGUCAAAUUGUGCUGAUUUGAAUCUCUCAGAGAUGGUACUGGAUGACAUUGAUGAUGAAAGUCUGAGCGACCUUUCCAAGAGGUCUCUUCUGACAACCCCUACAGAACACAACUUUGUAGGCCACCAGAUUGACCAACACACAGCCAUGGAACUAAAAGCAGUUCUUCUUGGUUCCGGUCUGAAUUGCUUCAGUGCUGAAUGGAGGAAUCAGGGUUUUGCAUUCUCAGAAACGUUUGACCUCAGAUACGGGAUAGUACAGAAGAAGGGGGGGCCUUGUGGAGUUCUGGCAUCCAUUCAAGCAUUUGUUUUGAAGAUACUGCUUUUUGAAAACACGGAAAUCUGCAAUAAUCCACUUCAACAGUUAAAACCUUCCAAUGCUACUAGAAGAAGGUGUCUUGUUUUAGCUUUGGCUGAAAUCCUUUGGAGGGCUGGUGAAGAGAAACAAGCCACAAUUGCAAUAAAUUCAGGGAGAACUCAGUUCAUCUCAACAAGACACUACAAAUCUGAUGGAGUUCUUGAAAAGAUAAUGUGUUUCACAGUGGAUAACAUCAAGGAUGUCCAGUUGCUGCUGGAGCAGCACAUUGAGCAAUUUGAAACUGGGGCGUUUGGAUGCCUUUUGCUGACUGUUUCUGCUGUUCUGUCUCGAUCCAUCGAAAAAGUAAGAGAAGAUAUGGACGUACCCACCACAACACUUAUUGGGGCCCAUGGCUACUGCACUCAGGAGCUCGUCAACCUGUUGCUGUGUGGCAGAUCAGUUUCUAACGUGUUUGAUAACGAGAUGGACCUGGACUCAGGAAAUGGCAAUGUGACACUACUUAAAGGCAUCAGAAGUCAGUGUGAUGUUGGCCUGCUCUCCUUGUUCGAACAUUAUAACAUCUGCAAGGUUGGAGCUCACCUGAAAAGCCCCCGCUUCCCUAUCUGGGUGGUGUGCAGUGAAAGUCACUUCAGUGUGCUGUUUGGCCUGCAGAGGGAGCUGUUGACUUGUGAGGACAGAGGUCUGGAGUUUGACCUCUACUAUUAUGAUGGCCUGGCCAAUCAGCAGGAGGAGAUCCGGCUCACUGUGUCCCUUGGCAAAAUGACGACCUCGAGCAGUCAUGAUGUUGACACAGAUCUCAUUCCUCCACUGGAUCUCUGUAUCAAAACAAGAUGGAAAGAUGCAUCUGUAAACUGGAACGACACAGAGCCUAUUCUCUAAGUAUUCACCUGGUCAGGC